AUGAAAUCCAAUUUGAGUGAACCAUUCAUAAUAGUAAAAAAUUAUAGACAACAAUAACAAGAAGCAAAAAAAGAAUAAGCAAAACUCAAACCAGCUCCUAAACCAAAGGAACUAUCAAAAAAGAUUGCUAAACCAAAAAAAAUAAGUUAAGCACAAUAGUUUUAGCAACCAAUUGCCUAAAAGUUAGAUCCAAAUUUCUUAUCCAAACUUUUGUAAUAACAUUAGCAGUAAUAGCUAAUGUUUUAAUAAUUGUUACAAAACCCUUAAGUCAAUUAGAUUAGUGGGUAAGAUGAUGAUUUAGACUAAUAUUCUCCUGUUUAUUUAUAUGGAAUUCCAAAAACUCCUUAAAAUAUUGCGAUUCCAAGAGGUUCAACUGGAGAUGAUGAUGAGUUCAAAAUCUGA